AUGGAUAGCCGCAUAUACGUGCAGAAAAUGAUGAGUACUGACACGAGAACGAGUAGCCACGGCGAUUCCGGCUUCACACAGUCCGUGCAGUCAAUGACAAAUUUACCUCCGCGUCCCCAAAAUGCUUGGGGUGCAUCAUUUGGCCUGGUUCCUCCACCUCCUGAUGCGUCCCCAGUAUCACGGACGUUAUCAACUACACCAUUGAGUUCCUGGUUUCUUUCGAAGGGUUGUGCAAAUUUCGUGAAACAAGUUCAAUUCUCGGAUGAUGAUGAUGAUGCUGGCGACAACAACAGUAGUGAAGAGGAUGUCACCUUAACUCGACAAUCAUCCACCUUGCAUGGAGCCGACAAAGCGCCAAUCAAAAGGAGAGCCUCAGCUGUAAAGAAGAAUGCAUUUUUGGAGUCACUUACAGCUCAGUCGUAUUGGCGCACAUGGUAUGGUACCAUUGACUUGCACAAUCUGAUAGAUCCGCCGCUGGCAUAUGUUCCUGGCAAACUACGAACCCACGAAAUAACCCCGCUCUCGCUUCCGGGGCGAAGAAGUGAAAGCGAUAGCAACACAUCAGUGAAGAAAAGUGAUCUCGAAAGGUUGGAAGCUGACAUCAGACAAGAAAAGCAACGAGGCUCAGCGUUUAGCGAGCAGCUACUUAUGAUGCUACAAGGCAAGACCGUGUCUGGCAAAUCGCUCGAGGAGGAAUACAAACCGCUAUUGCGUCAAUAA